UUAGAAUUAUGGGGUGCUUUUUGACGCUCGUGGAACCUAUCGUGGUGUUUAAAAGUCUUGCAGACUCUUUCUAUGAUACAGCCCUCCUAAUGGUAGUGUACAAUCAGUGCAACAGAACAGCAGAUAACAGCACUUACUACGAGCAACAGAAAGAAGCAUCAAAGUUUUUCCUUUUCUAUGACAUUAUCUCAUGUUUAGUUCCAUUACUGCCUGCAGUGACUUUAGGAAAAUGUGCAGACAAAAGGGGUCUAAAAAUUUUGACAGUGAUCCCCUUACUUGGAUACCUUCUAGGAAGAUCAUUUCUGUUCUUUAUAGAGAUGUUCAAGCUGCCACAAUAUGUCAUGUUUAUCGGACAUGCUGUCACUGGACUGUGUGGAGGAUAUCCAGCAUAUUGGACAGGUAUCAAUGCCAUUGCUGCUUUAAGAUCAACAAACAACAACCGCAGUGUAAGGAUGAGCUCCCUGGAGCUUUCAUCUGGGAUAGCAAAAUUGCUUGGCAGUAUACUGUCUGGACAUAUCUUUAUGAUACCAAAUAAUCACACUGGGUUACCUGUAACAGUUCUAAGUUUAGCACUUUAUACAUUAAGUGUGGUAUAUUCAGCAUUUAUAAUUAAGUAUCCAGCUGUUACUGCAGAUGAACAGAGAGGGCUUCUGCCUUCCCCGAUUGAAGAAAAGAAGGACAUGAGAGCUAUGGUUUAUCUGUUUGUUGCUGCAAAUAUUUUUUAUCUUGGAAUGCUUGGAGGGGAGAACGUGAUCUCCCUGUUUGUUUUAAAGCCCCCACUCAGUUGGGAUGCGAUCUGGGUAGGAUAUGGACAUGCGGCAACUAAUAUGAUGUAUGUCACCAGCUUUCUAGCAGUGCUAAUUGGUUCCAAGUACCUGAGUGACACUUUUCUUAUCCUUACAGGGAUCUUCUCUAACUGUGCUGGAAUGGUAAUGAUGAGUUUUGUGAAACAAAGCUACCUUUUCUUCAUUGGUAAGUUUGUGAGAUAUUAG